AUGUGGCUAAGAUCGGUGGCCGCCAUCAUUAUCACUAGCCUGCAACUCAAACCAACGGAAAAGAGUCCAACUGCUCAGCAAGAUUGUCCCUCCAAGAAGGCCGAUCGUUACGGUAAUCCGAUCGUGGACGUACUCCCAAAACACUACCGUUGGCCCAACGCUACGGUACCGUACUUAAUCGCUGAUGGGUUUGAUUUGCAAGAAGUAGCUACCAUUUCGAAGGCGAUGGAAACCCUAGAAAACGUAUCCUGUGUACGAUUUGUACGAAGAUCGCACCAGAAUAACUAUUUGCUUGUAACGAAUCAGAUGGAAGGUGGGUGCUGGGCUGAUACGGGCCGCCAAAGGCAACCUCCAACGUAUCUGAACAUCCCUCACGAGUGUACACACAACUUGGGUACGGUCCUCCACGAGCUGAUGCACGUGCUGGGUUUCCUCCAUCAGCAUACGCGACCGGAUCGUGAUCGGCACGUGUGUAUCCUGUACGAAAACGUGGUCCCAGAGCCGGGCGCAUUGUACAACUACGAGAUCGUCGAGCCGUCGACUGAUCUGGCCUUCCCCGUACCGUACGACUACGAAAGCAUUAUGCACUACCGACCGGACAUGUACAGCAUUGAACCGGGCCGUCUGGUGACGAUGGUACCUCAGAAACCGUGGAUCGGCACGAAGAUAGGACACCGCGAUCGGUUGACAGAGUUUGACGUAUUGGCCAUAAACUUCCUCUACUGUGUCUAA